CCAUCUCACUGCCUACUACUCCAUGCAAGCGACCGAAAUGCGUUAACCGACCCCACAAUGAUGACAAGCGAAGGACAUAACAUCGCCCAAUUCGCUGAAUAAUUAUUGCUACGCCGACUAGACGCUGCUGCUGCCUGCCUGGCUGAUGCCAACAUUCGUCACAGGCAUACAUAUAUAGAUAGUCGGGCCCGCUCAUAAUACUCGUAAGAAUCCUUCAUCAGACCUUUCUCGGAGCUUCUUAAUCAGUCGAUUCCAACCUUUUACGUCCACCAUGUCGACUGCCAAUGAUAUUAAAGACUCUUCACACCUUCCUUUGUUCGGAUUGACCAUUCCACUGAAUGAUGUCACGAAGUACCACUAUCAUGAAGACCACGGAGAGAAUACAAUUGAACGAAUGAGGAUUCCGAAUGCGCUCAUGGAUUGGGCUGCCUCUCCAUUAAUGUUCCGUGAACGGCAUAUGAUAGACGUGAUGGGGCAACUUACGGACAAGCCCAAUUGGAAGCAGAAAAUUAUGAACGAGGAAAUUGUCAACAAAUGGAAGAAUGAAGCAAUUGAGCGUUGGCGAAAUGAGCCAGUAGAAAAACAAUUCAGCGAAGAAAUGUUCAACUACUGUGUGGAAGAAAUGAAGGAUUAUGCAAAAUUUGAGGAGGAGAAUGGGUUUAUACCAGCGAUCAAGGCAGAAGCCAUCGUUUUCAAGUCCGAUACCCUCAUACCCACUCAGCUUAAAGAGGAGCUUCGGACAGCAGUCAUGCCUCUCGAGCAAGUGCCUGACAGCGACAAAGACUGGCAUCCCAACUCCGACGAAAAAGUUCUUGACUUGGUGCAUCCCUCGCUCUUCCCACUGCUGUAUGGCCGCUCAAGAAUUCUGAAACCAGCAUACGGAGAUGUUCUCAGCGAGGGUGGCUCCUCCUGGGAAGGAGACGAGGGCAGAGUGUCGCUAGACGAUUGCGAGCAGUGGAUCGGAAAAGGUGGGAUCAUGCCGGUGCCUAGAGAGGAUCAUACAAAAGUGAAUCACUGGGGCGGACUCAGAGGUUGGGGUUCCAGGUUCAGGGAGCCAGAGCAGCACUUCUAUUCCUCCAGAUUCCAAUGGCUGCCAUGCGAGGUUGCUCUACAAGAUGAUGGCUCUGUGAAGAUCACAAGCUACAUCAAUAAUCUUCAGCCAAGAAAACACAGAGGUCUAUACCAGGUUCUAGAGAAAAUAAUUGCAAAGGUGCUGCCAAUGUGGAACACUACUCUGACAUCGAUGGAGCACCGAAUGUGGAAAGAAACGCGCAUACAGCUAGAUGACAAGGAACUCCCUUGGAAGGACCCCGAAGGCGAGCGUGUACCGGGCGAGAACGAAGGUGAAGACGAGAAAGAGGAGCUGGACGCCGAUUGGGAGAAGGAAAACCGCACGCUCUGUCCACCAGAGCCAGAACCAUAUGAACCUGAUAGCUGGUGCGGGGAGGAUUCAGUGACCUCUAGAUAUCCGCAUUUAACGGCAAUACCUAAAACCAAUCUUCGCAAAGAUUUCGCUCAGCACGGCCUCCAGAUCAUCGUCAAGCUUGCUAACAUUCAUCUAACUCCCGACAAGCCAGCCUACGAAGGUGGAAGUUGGCAUAUCGAAGGCCAAAUGAACGAAUACAUCUGUGCAUCAGCCUUGUAUUACUAUGACAAUUCCAACAUCGAAGAUUCACAUCUUUCAUUCAGGGAAGCUCUGAGCAUAGAAGCUUUUCACGAUGUGCCAUAUGAGCAGAGUGACUUCGAACACCUCGAACGCCUCUUUGGUACUAUGGACCAGGAGGGCGCAGUGCAAGAAUUAGGUGCUGUGCUCACGCGAGAAGAUCGAGUACUCACGUUUCCGAACGUCCUGCAACACCGCGUGAGCCCAUUUUCCUUGACCGACAAAACGAAACCUGGACAUCGCAAGAUUCUAGCGCUCUUCUUAGUCGAUCCGAAUCUGAGAAUUCCUUCGACUGCAAUCGUCCCGCCUCAGCAGAAAGAGUGGUGGAAGGAUAUGGUACACGGGCUAGACCGAGUGUCAGGAUUGCCAUUAGAACUGCGCGAAUGGGUGACUGACAGCGUUGGAGACUUUCCGAUUGGACUUGAUGAGGCGAAGAGAUUGAGGCUUGAUUUGAUGGACGAGAGGCGGGUUUUCGUAAAGGACCAUGAGACAAAACUCGCAGAAGAGAUUUUCCACUUUUGUGAACAUUAG